ACGGUUAGAAUGUGCGGAGCGCUCUUACUAUUGGCAGGAGGUUCUAAAUAGUGGCAGCACGCGCAUUGGUAGUAAAGCGUAUAUUUUAUUUUCGGCAUCAAGGUGUUAUUAAAGUGCAGUGAAUUUUCGGUGGACGCUGUUUUAUAUGCACAUUUUAAGGUUGAAGUGUUGUGAAUUUAAUAAAACAUCCAAGUGUCAAGCAAUCACUGCCAAUUUGACAACACUCGAAGACAAACAACUAAGCCGCCAUGCAGUCGUUUAAGGCGGAUGAGUUGCCGCAGAAUCCGCGCGAACGUGCCAAUCCACUCUCAGUGCUCAUGUUCUGCUUUACGAUGCCUGUCUUCUUCAAGGGCCGCAAAAAGACUUUGGAUGAACGUGAUCUUUUUAGAGCUUUAAACAGUCACAGAUCAGCUACGUUGGGAAACAAGAUGGGCGUAGCUUGGGAAGCGGAGAUCGAUAAGAAACGACAAAAGCACCAGGAACCCAAACUGCUGAACGCGGUGCUGCGCGUUUUCGGUGCGCGCUACGCGUUGCUGGGCUUAAUAUUAUUCCUGCUAGAAAUCGGCUUGCGUGUUACGCAGCCACUGUUUCUUGGUGGCCUUGUUAAUUACUAUGCCAAUCCGGCUAACGACGAGAGCCUCAACACAGGCGUUCUGUACACCCUGGGUGUGAUAAUGUGCAGCGCGCUGAAUGUGCUGUUCAUGCAUCCGUACAUGAUGGCCGUGCUGCAUACGGGCAUGAAGGUGCGCGUUGCCUUGUGCAGCGUGAUUUAUCGAAAGGCGCUGCGCUUGAGCAAGACGGCGCUUGGCAGCACCACAACCGGCCAGGUAGUGAAUUUGUUAUCAAACGAUGUGGGCCGUCUGGAUACGUCACUCAUACAGAUGCAUUAUUUAUGGCUGGGACCGGUGGAGAUAAUAGUAAUAACAUUGCUUAUGUACCGAGAGAUUGGCGUCUCCUCGCUGUUUGGCGUUGCUUUUAUGUUGCUCUUCCUGCCGCUGCAAGCGUAUCUCGGCAAGAGGACAUCAGUGUUGCGGCUGCGUACAGCUCUGUGUACCGAUGAGCGUGUACGUAUGAUGAACGAAAUCAUAUCGGGCAUACAGGUGAUCAAGAUGUAUGCGUGGGAGAAGCCCUUCGGCAAGAUGGUGCAAUAUGCGCGUCGCAAAGAAAUGAAAUCCAUACGUAACGUCAACUACAUACGUGGUAUUUUGCAGUCGUUCAUCAUGUUCAUGACGCGUGUGUCCGUCUUUGCCAGUUUGGUGGGUUAUGUUCUGCUCGGUCAGCUCUUGACCGCGGAGAAGGCUUUCGUCAUCACGGCCUACUAUAAUAUAUUGCGCAACACAAUGACUGUCUACUUCCCCUUGGCCAUUUCGCAAUUCGCCGAGACAUUGGUUUCACUAAAACGUAUCGAAAAGUAUUUGCUGUAUGAUGAGACCAAAGUGAAGGAUCGCUCUGAUGAUAACGAACAUGAACACAAAACAAUAAAGCAAACGUAUAUCAUCGAAGAGAAUGAAAAAACGCUAACACUAAAUAAUGGUCUAAAGCCAUUACAAACUAAUCCAGAGGAGAAGCAAGUUAUACCGGGCAUUGAGAUACAUAAAUUGAAGGCGAAAUGGGAUCGCUCUAUGUCGGAAUACACAUUGAACAAUAUCGAACUGAAGGUGAAACCACGUACGCUGGUGGCUGUUAUUGGGCCAGUGGGCUCUGGCAAAUCAAGUUUAAUACAAGCCAUACUUGGCGAACUACCCGCCGAAUCAGGUUCCAUCAACGUACAAGGCACCUUUUCGUACGCCUCUCAGGAACCUUGGUUAUUCACCGGUACCGUCCGUCAGAAUAUACUUUUUGGUUUACCAAUGGACAAGAACCGUUAUCGCACGGUAAUAAAGAAGUGCGCGCUGGAACGCGAUUUCGAGCUGCUACCUUUUGGCGACAAAACUAUAGUGGGUGAACGCGGCACCUCGCUUUCAGGCGGUCAAAAAGCGCGUAUCAGCUUAGCGCGCGCAGUCUACCGUAAAGCCGACGUUUAUCUGUUAGAUGAUCCAUUAAGCGCGGUGGACACGCAUGUCGGUCGACAUCUUUUCGAUCAAUGUAUGCGCGGUUUCCUGCGGGAAGACAUAGUAAUAUUGGUUACACAUCAGCUGCAAUUUCUGGAACAGGCCGAUAUUAUUGUUAUAAUGGAUAAGGGUAAACUGAGUGCUGUGGGUACUUAUGAGUCGAUGCGCAGAAGUGGUCUGGACUUUGCUAAAUUGUUGGUGGCGCCCGAUUUAAGUGCCGAUGCGGAUGGUGCUGCUGGCGACGCUGAAAAGAAGAGUCUGUCACGUCAGAAUAGCCGACAACGCCAGAACAGUAUUUCGUCCAUGAGCUCCAUAGCUGAGUCAGCAGCAGGCGAAGCGCCUACGCAGGUGCAGGAGAACCGGGAAGAGGGUAAAAUCGAUUGGUCACUGUAUACUAGAUACUUCACCGCAAGUGGCGGUUACUUACUCUUCGCAGUAACUAUGUUCUUUUGCGUGGCUGCGCAGGUUCUAGGAUCUGGCGGUGACUACUUCCUAUCUUACUGGGUAAACAAAAAUGAGGGUAGUACAGAAACAGAAUCCAAAAAUUUUGGCGCUCGCAUAAUCGGUCGUCUUUACGGUCGCGAUGUACGCAUAAAUAAUGAAACGGAUCCCACUGACAUUUACAUAUUCUCGGCCAUUAUUUUGGCGACUGUUAUUUUCUCACUAAGUCGCAGUUUGCUUUUCUUCACAAUGGCGAAACGCUCUUCGAUUGCCUUGCACAAUGCCAUGUUCCGCGGUCUCACACGCGCCUCCAUGUACUUCUUUCACACAAAUCCCUCAGGCCGUAUAUUGAAUAGAUUCUCAAAGGAUUUGGGUCAGGUGGAUGAAAUUCUACCAUCGGUGCUGAUGGAUGUUCUACAAAUCUUUUUAGGCUGUGCGGGCAUUGUGGUUGUAAUAACGGUUGUGAAUUUGUGGAACUUGCUAAUCACAGUUGUGCUUUGCGUAAUAUUUUAUUUUCUACGUGCAUUUUAUUUGAACACCUCAAGGGAUGUGAAACGUCUGGAAGCAGUCACACGUUCACCAAUUUACUCCCACUUGGGCGCCUCACUGAGUGGCCUAUCUACAAUACGCGCCUUCGGUGCUCAAAAAACCCUAAUAACCGAAUUUGAUAAUUAUCAGGAUAUGCACAGUUCCGGUUAUUACAUGUCUUUGACCACAGCUCGUGCUUUUGGCUACUGGCUCGACUGUUUCUGUGUCGUCUACAUAGCUGUCACAGCACUAAGUUUUUUCGUAUUCUCACCGAAGAACAGCGGAGAUGUGGGCUUGGCCAUAACGCAAGCUAUGGGCUUGACCGGCAUGGUACAGUGGGGCAUGCGUCAGUCAGCUGAGUUGGAGAACAAUAUGACGUGUGUUGAGCGUGUAGUUGAAUACGAUCAAAUCGAACCAGAAGGCGAACUGGAGAGUAGACCUGGUAAGAAACCACCGAAGACAUGGCCGGAAGAUGGUAAAAUUAAAUUUGAUAAGCUCAGUUUGCGGUAUUUCCCUGAUCCAAAGUCGGAACGUGUGUUGAAAUCUCUAAAUCUCGAAAUACAAUCCUGCGAAAAGGUUGGCAUUGUAGGUCGCACGGGCGCCGGCAAAUCAUCGCUCAUCAAUGCGCUGUUCCGCUUGUCAUACAAUGAUGGUUCGAUAAUAAUCGACACCAGAGAUACCAAUGAUUUGGGUUUGCAUGACUUGCGUAGUAAAAUCUCCAUAAUACCACAAGAACCGGUGCUCUUCUCGGGCACAAUGCGUUACAAUCUCGAUCCAUUUGACGAAUACUCUGACGCCAAGUUGUGGGAGGCGCUUGAUGAAGUUAAAUUGAAAGGUGUCGUAUCGGAGUUGCCAAGUGGCUUGCAGAGUAAAAUUUCAGAGGGUGGUGGUAAUUUCAGUGUCGGUCAACGACAGUUGGUAUGCCUGGCACGUGCUAUACUGCGUGAAAAUAAAAUUCUUGUGCUGGACGAGGCAACGGCAAAUGUGGAUCCACAGACUGAUGCACUCAUACAAUUGACAAUAAGAAGUAAAUUCAAACACUGCACGGUUCUCACAAUUGCGCAUCGUUUGCACACGGUCAUGGACUCGGAUAAGGUGUUGGUCAUGGAUGCUGGGCGUGCGGUGGAGUUCGGUUCACCAUUUGAAUUGCUGACUGAAAGCAAAACAAAGAUAUUCUACGGCAUGGUAAAGCAGGCGGGUAACAGCACUUUCGACAAUCUGCUAACAGUGGCACAAAAGGCGCAUGAGGAGAAUUUGCGCGCGAAAAAGGAUUCUUGACAUUUCUCCGUACCGAAAGUAUUCAAAGAAUAUUUGCUUAAGUUUCUAGAGCCGAUAUCAAAUCAUCCUGCGAAUGUGCGUAUACAAAAAACUCUCACCGAUGCGACGCAUCACAAAUUUCUCGGAUAGCAGGAACCGAACAAUGGCAGUGUAAAUGGGAGCGAAACACGUAGAUUAUCAUAUCGAGGCUUAUUUUUAUACAGUACUUAAUACAAUUAACUAAAUUAGUAUGGUAAAUUAUUGUUUAGUGAAAUAAUCAAGGCGCUUGUAUGCGUGUCUAUAGUAACUGUGUGCUUUGAACAUGGCAAAAUGUAACAUAUACACCUACAUAUCUGAACGAAUGCUAAUUUUAUGUGCCAUACGUGGCAUGGAAAUGUGAAAAUUGACCUGAAAUUUGCAAAUUCUACAUAUCCACAAACAAAAGUGAGAAAUUAAAAGCGUACAUUUAUGGUGAUUCUAAUUGCUUUAGUAAAGAUAAUCACGAUUGAAAAGAAAUUAAAUCAAAAA